AUGGGCUAUCUUGUUUCAAUUGAUGUUGAGGGGAGUAAGGGCUACUAUUCGGGUGCUAAAAAGGUGAGGAAGGGGUUGGCAAAAAAAAAGAGGUCUGUAUUGGGCAAGGUGUGGAAUUAUGAAGAGGCAAGACGAGAAAGUUGUAAGGGGGUUGUGCUUAGUGAGGGGUUGUUCACUGUUGGGCAUGGGAAAGCUAGAAAUGAAGGCACGUAUGCGAGGCUACUCGCGCUAAAAGGUCGUUGCAUGGAGAAGGAGCUGGGUGCACGAGCUAUGUUACGCACUAAAUGUGCACACUCGUGCUAUGUGUUAAGUAUGGCUUCGUCUGCUGGAAGGAGAGUUAGAGUUUUAGGAAGGGGUUGUUGUGAUGUUGAUAAGAAGGUUGAUGGAUAUGAGGAGGAGGAGGAGAUAAAGGGAUCGGACUAA